CCACGGAGAUCACCGCUUCAUGCCGGUUAAAGAAGCUGUUGAAACCUGCAAGGAUCAGGUGAAAUCUUCCAUCCAGUCUCUCACAAAAAAGAAAUCGGAGAUCCAGCGAAUGAAGCAGCAACAGAAACAGAAGAUUUCUGGAGUUCUGGAACAGUCACACAACCUUCAAUCCAAGAUUACAUCCCAGUAUGCUAAACUACACCAGAUUCUCACUGAGAAAGAACAUCGCGCACUGGCAGAUAUAUGGGAAGAAGAGAAGAAGAUUCUAAAUAUAAUGGAGAACAAUCUUCGAAAGAUUGGAAAAAAAUUAAAAUCCAUUCAGGUGGAUCUCUUAAAGUUGCAGCAACAGAUGGAUCAAAAAGACAGUGUGGUAUUUCUGAAGGAGGAAGCUGGUCGCAAGCGAAGGAUUCGUGAUGAAGCCAAACCACUGUCGGUGGUAGAUGGAGCCUUGCCGAUUGAAAAGUUCCAUUGCCCUGUUUCGUUGGACACAGCACUCAAAGAAACAUCUGAUGACUUCAAUCAUGUCUCCAUCACCCUGGAUGAGGAAACAGCGCAUCCGCUGCUCGAGGUGUCAGAGGAUCUGAAGAGUGGGAGACGGACAUGGAUCCGGAGAAGUCUCCCUGACACCGGGAAGAGGUUUACAGUCUGGCCGUGUGUGCUGGGAUCGGAGGGAUUCACAUCGGGGAGACGUUACUGGGAGGUGGAAGUGGCGGGGAGUCGGCGUUGGAGUCUGUGAGUUGCCGCAGAGUCCGUGGAGAGAAAGAGAGGGGUCAUACUGACCCCUGAGAUUGGA